AAGAGACCCUCAAAUUUUUUGAACACACACAUGUCUUCUCUUUUCUUCUCCAGCAGUCGUAGGCCUCUCUCUGUUGCUCUCAGAAGAUUCACUCUCUGCAGAUUUUCUUCCAUUGUUACUUAUGCUACAGAGGAAGAAAAAUCAAGAUUCAUUCACCCCUCUUCAGUUGUUCAUCCAAAUGCCAUUUUGGGUGAGGGUGUUUCAAUUGGUCCCUUCUGUACCAUUGGGCCUUUCGCAAAGUUGGGGAGGGCUUGUCAACUGUACCCGGGAAGCCACAUCUUUGGAAAUACUGAACUAGGGGACAAUUGCAUCCUGAUGACUGGUGCUGUAAUUGGAGAUGAUCUUCCUGGUCAGACAGUCGUCGGGAGAAAUAAUGUUUUUGGGCAUCAUGCUGUAAUUGGUGUCAAGUGCCAGGACAUGAAAUAUAAGUUUGGGAAUGAGUGCUUUCUCGAGAUUGGUGACAAUAAUGAAAUCAGGGAACAUGUAUCCAUCCAUCGAUCUUCAACUCCAAGUGAUAAAACCGUUAUUGGUGAUAAUAAUCUUAUUAUGGGCUCUUGCCAUAUAGCUCAUGACUGCAAAGUGGGCAACAACAAUAUUUUGGCGAACAGUACACUUCUUGCAGGUCAUGUUGUGGUGGAGGACUAUGCUCACACUGCUGGAGGUAUUGUAGUUCAUCAAUUUUGCCGUAUUGGUUCGUAUUCUUUCAUUGGUGGUGGUUCAGUGGUUUCUCAAGAUGUUCCAAAGUACAUAAUUGUCUCAGGGGAAAGAGCUGAGCUUCGUGGGUUGAAUCUUGAAGGCUUAAGACGUCGUGGAUUCUCUGCUGUGGAGAUUAAGAGCCUGAGAGCAGCUUAUAGAAAGAUAUUUAUGCCCACUGAUACGAGCUCCGGGAAUAUUGAAGAUCGACUAUCUCAAGUGGAGCAGCACGAAGACCUCGGUCUAUUUCCAGCUGUCAGUUCCAUGGUUCAGUCAAUACGUGAUUCUUUUGCUGAAAAUCGCCGUGGAAUUUGCAAAUUUAGAAGCUGGAGUGGGUCUUAACAUCUCUUCUUCUUAAGAAUACUGAGCUUCACCUCCAUCAUGGUCUUCUGAUCUCAUACCCUGACAAAGUGAAAACAAGCAACGAUAUCCUGCCCGUCUUAUGAAAGUUUUAGUAAGGUGAACAUCGCUGCACUAGGAUCGUCCUUAUUCAUGCUUUUAGCUCGUUAUGGAGGAGUAACGAACUGAGAAGAAGUUCCAGGUUGAAUGGACUAUAAUGAAGUUCAUCAUCUCAUAAGUUUGUAUAUCUCAACACUGCAUUUUUUCCAGAAUCUCGUGGUUGAUGGUAGUAGUUCGUUGACCUGUUCUUCCUCUCCGCGAACAACUGUAGUGUCCCUUGCUCUCUAUGUCGUGGUGAUAUCGACAACAGAAGCUGCUAAUUGAUUCAAGCAGCCAUAUCGCGUGUUCAUCGCCUUGUAAUUAUAUGUAAGAGAGAGCAACAUUUGCAACAAAUUCCUUUCUCAGUUACUCUGUACCUGUAAUUCUUCACUAACUAAGGUAAAGAGUUAGAUUCUUGUGAUGAA